AUGUUUUUUACAAAUGUGAAAUUUAUAAGCAAAUUAGCAAAAGAAAAAAUUUUGAAAAGAAAGAGCUGGGUAAAAAGAAAUAAAAAAUGGAUGUUACCUAAGGUUGAAAAAUCAUAUUUAAAGCAGGAACAGGAUUUUGCGGUUCCCCAUAAAACAAUACCGUUGAAUGCGAAUAUAAAAAAUACCCCAAUAAAAAAUAUUAUGAGCUCUGAUGAAAUUAAUAAGGAAGGCAAUUUUUUUCAAGAAAGAAACUAUGAUAAAAUAUUGGAUGAAUUAAAAAAAAGCGAGAAAAAAAAUCUGAAACCUCAUGAAUAUAAGAAGAUGCUUAAAAGGGAUGUUAAAACCACGCAUCCAAAUGAUGAUAAAGUAAAUUUAAAACGAUUAUUGAUGAAAGGAAAAGAAAAUAUGAAUUUAGGUAUUAAUGAUAUUAAGGACGAAGAUAAAGAAAACAAGAAAAAAGAAUUAAACACAUUUUGGUAUAUGCCUAAUCCAUUUGAAAAAAAAGGAGUAUAUGGAAUGAAGGAAAACACUUUUUAUAAAUCCUUUAUAAAGGAUAGAGAAAGACAAUUUGAUAAAGUUGAUAUGAAAAAGUUAAAUGAAAACGAAAGAAAAUUAUUAAAUAAAAUAACUAAUAGUAAUAUUUCUAAUAAUAAACAUAACAAUAUAAAUAAUGAAUUAUUAGAUAAAAAUGUAUCAUCUGAACUAAUGGAAGAAAAAAAGGAGAAAAAAAUCCGAAUAAAUCCAAAAAAGUAUUGGUUUUCUGAAAAUUAUUCUACUCCUGAUAUAUCAACAAUAAAUACAGUAAGAGCUAGAGAAUUAAGAUUUUUAAUGAUGAACGAAGCAAAAUUAGUUAGAAAGGGAAAAAAUGUCGAUGUAGAAAUUUGGCUAGCUUUUAUGAAUAGAGUAAUAAAUUUGUCAACCAAAGUUCAUGUACGUAGUUUGUUAAGAUAUUUACAAACUAUUGCAUCUGUUAAAGUUACUAAUAAAAAGCUAAUAAAUAAUUUAAUGUGUGAAAUUUUUAAAAGAGAAAAUAAUAUGAAACCAAAACACUAUGUAUAUCUAUUCCAAAGUUGUUCAAGAUUAAAAUGGAAUGAUUUCAAAUUAAUUUAUGCAUUAAAAAACAUGACAUUGUGCUGGCCUAUUCUGAGAAAUAACUUUUUGAUAAAAUCAGCAAAUUCUAUUUCAAAAUUAGGCUUAGCAAAUAAUGUAUAUAGCAAAGCUUUACAAAUAACUCUAGAAGAAAGAUUAAAUAAUUUCACAGGGAAAGAUUUAAAAGCAAUUAAGGCUAUAACAUUUUUAGAGUUGUUUAAUGAAGAAAUGAUAAUAAAAUUUGUUAGUCUUGCAACUUUUUAUAAAGAACACUUUAAUUAUUACACAAGGCAUUUGCAAAUACUUUAUUUAUACAUUGUGUUGUUUCACGAAUCAAUAUAUUACAAACUUACUGAUGAACAACGAUAUUUUUUGCAGCAAUAUUCAAGAGAGGGAAAUUUAAAAAAAAUUAAAAAAUUGGAUCAUAUAAAUCGAUUAAAAACGUUAGUUAAAAAUGAAAACUCAAAGAAAUCUAUAUUAAAUAGUGAUGGUGAAUAUUCCGAAAGUGAUGAGUUCUCCGAAAAUGAUGAAGACUGGUCAGAAAGUGAUGAAGAAUUGUCUGAAAGCGAUGAAGAGUGUUCAGACAAUGCUGAACAUAAUGAAGCACCUUCUUUAUUGGAUGAAAAUGAUAAUAAUAUAAGUAUACGGCACAAUGAAAAAUUAUUAAAUACGGAAAAUACAACGAAUCAUAUUAGUAGUUAUAAUUUAAAAGGCAAAGAAAAACCUACAGUUAAAAUAGGAGACAAAAUAUGUGGUGGAUAUACAAGUACAUUACAUAAAGAAAUUAGUGAUGUGCUAAAUGUGCUAAAAAUCGAUCACUUAAAUUCAAUUAAAUGUGGACCUUUUAUUGUUGAUAUUUAUCAUCCUGAAUCCAAUUAUAUUAUUGAAUUAAAUGCGCAUUUUCAAUAUUAUACAAAUUCUGAAGGUUUAACAACCUUGUCAAAAUGGAGACAUAAGUUUUUAUCGCAGAUGGGAUAUAAUAUAAUUUAUAUAUCGCAUAAAAUAUGGAGCAAUUUGCCAACGGAUAAACAAAAAAUUGAUUACGUAUCUAAUACUCUACCUAAUAUUAUAUUGAAAAAUUCGUCUUUUUUUAUUCAGAAUUAA